GUUCCUAUUAAUCUACUUUUAUGUACACACCAAAACCACAAAACUAACUCAUUAAAUUAAGGAAUCAUCUCCCUGACUUUUAGGCUUGGGGAAAGAAAACAUUAAACACCUUAAUAAACAAAUACAAUCCUGAUUCCUAACUAUUACUUCUACAUAUUCAUCACAAAUGGUAAAGUCAUCAUCCCAAGUAAACCCAAACAACAACACUAUCAUAUUACCAUCUUCAUCAACAUGGGGAAUUCGAAACAGCUUUCAAUUCCUCACAAUCAUACUCCUUACUCUUCUUAUUUCUCUUCUUUACUUAUCUCAAGAUAAUGGAUCAUCCCCAUCCUUCACACCUUCACCGCCAUUGAAGAACGAUAGUUCAUUAGAAAAAUGUGAUUAUUUUAAUGGGAAAUGGGUGUAUGAUAAUGGAACGUUAUACCCUUUGUAUAAGGAGAAUGAGUGUAGUUUUAUGUCGGAUCAGUUGGCUUGUGAGAAGUUCGGACGUAAGGAUUUGAGUUAUCAGAAAUGGAGAUGGCAACCUCACCAUUGUGAUCUUCCAAGGUUCAAUGCAACAGCAUUACUGGAGAAGCUAAGGAACAAAAGAGCUGUGUUUGUUGGAGAUUCUUUGAAUAGAGAGCAAUGGAUCUCUAUGCUUUGCUUAGUGGACUCCUCUAUUCCUCCUCCUCUCAAAUCUUUAUACAUUAAUGGCUCCUUGUUCACCUUCAAGGCCAUGGAAUACAAUGCAAAAAUAGAGUUUUAUUGGGCUCCACUGUUAGUAGAAUCAAAUGCAGAUGACCCAAUAAAACACAGUGUGCCAGUGGCGGAGAGAAUAGUGAGAACUCAAGCAAUUGAGAAGCAUGCUACACAUUGGACCAACGCCGACUACAUCUUUUUUAACUCCUAUUUGUGGUGGAGAAUGCCUGUCGUCAAUGUUCUAUGGGGAGCAUUUGAAAGUCCAGAUGGAACGUAUAACACAAUUGAAAUGUUGAAAGCUUACGAAAUGGCAUUGAAAACUUGGUCAGAUUGGUUGGUGAAUCACGUUAACCAUUCUAAAACUCGGAUUUUUUGGAUUAGCAUGGCUCCUACUCAUGAAAGGAGCCAAGAAUGGGGAGGGGCAGACGGACAAAACUGUUACAAUGAGACAGAGCCAAUCAAGAGAGAAAAUUACUGGGGAAGUGGAUCAGACCCAGUUAUGAUGAAAUUGGUAGAAGAUGCAGUUCAAAAUCUAGCAACAAAAGGGUUAAACAUCCAACUACUUAACAUAACUCAACUCUCAGAAUAUAGAAAAGAUGCUCAUUUAUCAAUUUAUAGGAAGCAUUGGGAGCCCUUAACUCAACAACAAUUGUCUAACCCAAUUGGAUAUGCCGAUUGUUGUCAUUGGUGUCUUCCUGGUGUUCCCGAUACUUGGAAUGAAAUUCUCUACGCCUUUUUAGUUUAGUUUAAUUUAGUUUAGUUGCAUAAGAGAUAUAGAUACUUCUUUUGAUUUUUAAUACUCGUAAUAUUUGAUAUAUUAAUUUUUUUAUAUAAGGGUUAAGUAUUCUGAGUAUUAAUAACUAGACGAAGUAUAUAUACCUAAAUUUAAUGCUUUCCUAGUUGAUUAUUGUUUUUCAAAGGGAAUUGUAUAACAUACAUUUUUAAAUAAUAAUAAAAAAGAUAAAAAUA